AUGAGAGAAGUCAUUCGUGUUAGAGACUUUCCUCAAAGUAAAGUACAAGAAAUUUCUGACGCAACAGGUAUAGCAUUUAAUGUUACCAUUGGUUACUUCAAUGACUCAAGAUAUAAUGAAAUAAAGAGAUACAUACCAAAAGAAUGUGAAACUGUUCGAACUAUUGACCUACUUCUUGUUGAAGACCACUACAUGCUAAACGAAAGACUUCCAAUGACAACAUACUUCGUCAGAAAUUACAAAGAAAUCUUGAAGGAGUGUGGUGGAAUGAACAUUGAGAAACAGAUGAAAAUAUAUACAAAGAGAGAGAACAAAUAUGUAGUUCGUUAUGAUAGAACAACACCGUUAUGGGAUGUUAUGAAAACAUUGUGGGAGUGCAAAUAUUUCGAACCUAUUUCUUAUGGAGAACUUUUCACAUAUACGACUGACUUAUAUAAACAGAACCUUGCACCAUUUAAAGAUUUGACAUAUGCUCCAAAGUAUUGUGUACAACUGAAGAAGAAAGCAGAGUCAAAAGAAGUAAAUAAAAAUAAGUGCAAGUUCAUUCCUGAGCACGUUUUCUUUGCUGACUUUGAGUGUAGCACAGACGGCUUUCAUAAAGCUUUUAACAUCUGUUAUGACAGUGAAGAUGGUUCAGUGAGUGAAAGCAUUUGGGGUCAGAACUGUGCAACAGAAUUUUUGGAACGACUUCCUGACAAGAGUUUAAUAUAUUUCCAUAACCUCAGCUAUGACAUA